AUGUCGUAUUUAGGUAAUUUGCCUGUUUUCGAUCACAAAACAAGUGAAUGGUCAAUAUUUUAUGGGAAAUUAACACAGUUCCUAAGGAUAAAUAAUGUGACAAAAGAAGAAAUUAAGAGUGGUAUCCUGCUUACUCAUCUCACCGAUGAAACCUACCGCUUAGUACGUAACUUAGCGUACUCUAAAACGGUGGAAUCGUUAACUUACAACGAGCUAGUUCAAAUACUCAACAGCCAUUUCAAACCAAAGCAGUGCUCCUUCGUAGAUAAGGCCAACUUUUUUGGAGCGACUAGAAGUCCAGGAGAAUCACUGGGAGACUGGGCGGCGCGAUUAAGAGGACUAGCAAGCUAUUGCGAAUACGGCGACGCCCUGAAAACGAAUCUGAGAGAUCGUUUUGUCCUAGGCCUGGGCUCUGGCCCGGAACGCAACAAGCUGUUCGAGCAGAACCCGACAACACUUACGCUAACUAAGGCGAUUGAAAUAGGGGAACAAGCUGCUUGCGCAAGAGAAGUCAAGGUGAUGCUGAAUACGAGCGAUUUUGGGCUCAUCAAGGAAGAGCAUGUGUAUCGUGCAAAAAUUCACCAGUUCGCUCGGGGAAGCGGAGGUGACGGCAGUGGCAACGACAGUGUCGGGGCUAGGACAUUGCGACGAGAAACUGGCUCCUGUUCAGUUUGUGGCAACGAUAAUUCAUUAAAAAUUAAUAACACUGAUAAUGUUGAGAGUCGCAAUUUUCAGUCGUUACCCUUGUCACCGUCUAUGCCCGUUAAUGCUCCUUUAUCCGAACCUUCUGUAGGCAAUCCUCGGUCAUCGACCAUAGUAGAGCAAACCGUCAAUACUGACGCAAUAGACCAUAAUAAUGGGGAAGAAUGGGGCGAUUAUUCGGCACAGGACAGCGUGGGAGACUCAACAGAGAUUCCGGAAGCGUCAGAUUCGCCUGAAGCUUCCGAAAACGGAGUCGAACAGCUUCAGAGCGAUUCUGUCCGCCCCAAUGACGUACCACCAGCGCAGGCACCGACACCCGCUCGUCAACUGCGCCCCCGGAAGAGAAUAUAUUAUAAGAAAUAUUUUUAA